CUUGGGGCUCACCUCCCUGGGGUAACUUAGAAAAAACCCUCAGCACCCUCCCCCCAUUUGCUGCUCCUGGUGUCCCAUGUAAUCAGUGUUUCACCUUUAAAACUUACUUGCACACACAUACAUGUAAGUUUAUGAAUAUGCACAUACCAAGUUUCUGGAGAGGACAGAUGACCAAUGGGGUUAAUUCUCUCUCUUAAUCUUUCUAUGAGAUCUCAGGAUCAGACUUGGGUCAUUAGGUUCAUGUGGUAAAAGUUAUCUGUUGAACCAUUAACAGAAGACCCAUGAUGUGCUUUAAAAAAAAAAAAGAAAGAAAGAAAGAAAGAAAAAGAAAAAACGGUUUCUCUGUGUAGCCCUUGUGGUCCUGGACUCACUCUGUAGAUCAGGCUGGCUUCAUCUAGAUCCACCCGCCUCUGCCUCCUAAAUGCUGGGAUUAAAGGAGUACGCCACCACCACUGGCUGCACGCUGCACUUUCUUAACCUCACUUGUGGCCUGUGUGUCAGCAGGGACCCUGAUAGCUAAUGUCAGAAGAAAGUGACUCACUGAGAACCAGCCCCUCUGUGGCCUCACUCUCCGAAAAUGAGCUGCCACUUCCUCCGCCCGAACCUCCCAGCUAUGUGUGCUCCCUGACAGAAGACUUGGUCACCAAAGCCAGAGAAGAGCUUCAGGAGAAGCCCGAGUGGAGACUCCGGGAUGUGCAGGCCCUUCGAGAUAUGGUGCGGAAGGAGUACCCGUACCUAAGCACGUCGCUGGAUGAUGCCUUCCUGUUGCGCUUCCUGCGGGCUCGAAAGUUCGAUUAUGACCGGGCCCUGCAGCUGCUGGUCAACUACCAUGGCUGUAGGCGGAGCUGGCCAGAGGUCUUCAGCAACCUGAGACCCUCGGCCCUGAAAGAUGUUCUCAACUCCGGAUUCCUCACGGUGCUGCCCCACACCGACCCCAGGGGCUGCCAUGUCCUCUGCAUCCGACCAGACAGAUGGAUACCGAGCAACUACCCAAUUACCGAGAACAUCCGAGCCAUUUAUUUGACAUUAGAAAAACUCAUUCAGUCCGAGGAGACCCAGGUGAACGGAAUUGUAAUUCUCGCUGACUACAAAGGAGUGAGCUUAUCUAAAGCAUCUCAUUUUGGUCCUUUUAUAGCCAAGAAGGUGAUUGGCAUCCUUCAGGAUGGCUUCCCCAUUCGGAUAAAAGCAGUCCACAUAGUGAACGAACCUCGAAUAUUUAAAGGCAUUUUUGCCAUCAUAAAACCAUUUCUGAAGGAAAAAAUAGCAAACAGGUUCUUCCUCCAUGGGUCUGACCUGAACUCUCUCCACACAAACCUUCCAAGGAAUAUCCUCCCCAAGGAGUAUGGGGGCACAGCUGGAGAGCUGGACACUGCUACCUGGAACGCAGUGCUGCUGGCCUCGGAGGAUGAUUUUGUAAAAGAGUUCUGCCAGCCUGUGCCUGCCUGCGAUAGUCUCCUGGGGCAGCCCCUGCCAACUGAAGGGCUGAUCUCAGAUGCACAGUGUGAUGAUUCCAUGCGAGCCGUCAAGUCCCAACUCUACUCCUGCUAUUAGCACUCUGCUGGGAGAGUCACCCUGCACAAUCCCUUCCUUAGAAAUGCACACGGCCUAAGAUGCGAAGGCCUCAGUCUCACUCCAUCAUUAUACAGCAGCGCGGAGCUGCCUAUAGAGAUUCAAGGGCAAGCCCAUCGCAGGCAGACCUUUGACUACCCAGGUUAUUCCAGGGAAGAUAUGGAAAUUGCCCUGGUGAUUCCCAAAUGUUUGGACCUGUUAGUCUGCAACUGUUAGUCUAGAAGCUCUGUUUCUUAUGCAUCUUGGAAGCAACCAGAGUCAAAGUCACUCUGAAGUGACCAGAAGACAACCUGGUUGAAGCAAUUUGGAACACUGAAGCAAUUUGGUCAUAACUCUGAAGAAAUUGCCAAUCCUGAAAUGUGGCCACAUAUGGGACUUUUGAGUCUCUUUCCCAUAAGCCCUAGAUGUUGACCGCUGUUGCACAUCAUGAGCAAAGUUAAAGGUUCAGGACCUAGUUGUCCUUGGCUGGGUCUGGAAAGCACUGUUAACUGAACAGUAGAAAUAACAGGACACAGGCAGUUCUUAAUGAUCAAAUUUGGAAGCCAGAGGCUUCCAGGAUUGAAUUUUGCAAUAGAAACUUCUCAGACCCAUAAAGCCUUAGCUGUGGUUCUCUAUGGAAUCGUACAGGUCAACAUAAAAUACUGGAUUCUAGUACUGUAUGGCUAAAAGCAUUUGGACUAGGAGUCAGUGUGACUGGAUAAGACAGAAGUCUCAGCUUGUUAUUUCUGAAGUGAGGCUAGAUGGAAUGAGGGCCUUUGGGGGUGCUAAAAUCAUUAGGUUUUCUUCUUGGGGUCUUUUUUGUGUAUGUGAUAUAUAUAAGCCUUAUGUAAAGGAGUAUCACCAUUUGGCCCUGCCUUCAAAGAAACUAGUAUGUUCCUGGGACUUGGUGGUAACCAACUACUUUUAAAGAAUGAUGGGUAAGCUUGAAAGGGAUGGCUUUUGUGAGGCUGACCAACUCUUGUACACAAAUCUUGUACAAACUCCUUCCAUCCUGGAGACACUACUAGUAUAUUAGAAACAGCCAUAGUAAUUGCCAGAUUUGGGCUUCCUCAGUUUUUGUCCCUAGAAACACACCGGGGCAGGCUAUUGCUGGUUUACCUAGGGGGGCCUGCCCUCCCAGACAUGAUGGAGUGAGUGUUUGUCUAGUGUGGGAGGACCGGUAGGCCAGAAUGUUAGCUCUGCAUUUGGGCACUUUAGAUACCUGUUAAGAUUUUAGCCUUAACCCAAGCAUUGAGUGAGAUAUUUAUCUCCUGGUUUUAGACCUGUUUCCUUUGGUAUUCAUCACGUAUUAUGGUGUUAAAUAGUGUCAAGUACUGUUGGUUGUGCAUUUACUAGACUAAGCAGGCACUGCAUAGACCUUACAGACAGUGCUUUGAGAGUCAAAGGUCAGUCAGUCGGUUGUUACUAAACUGUUCCACCCUUACAGCAUUUCCCAAAACUUCUACAGAAGCUCUUAUGGAAACUUACCUCACUAAUGCCAAUUCUGGGGGGCAUUCUUUUCACUGUAGAUGCUAAUCCUUGAUCUUCUAGGUCCUGCCUAAGCUCAAGUGCCAAAACAUACCCUUCUUGAAUACCCAUGGAGACAAUUUGCUACCGAGUUUCUGCUAUUUGAUUUAGCUCCUGGCAGGUUUUCUGCCUAAAGGACAACCACCCAGACAUCUGAAAAGGCCCAUGAUGGCUCCGAACUAAGCAGCAUGGAUGGGAGAAUCUAGGUCCUAAGGGGGAAGAUAGCAGGAGGAAAAAAAAGUCAAAGGUAAAGAUCAAUCCCUCAGCCCCACCAGGUUGCCUGGUUUAGGUCCUCUCAUGCAACUAGCUAGUUGUCUUUUCAACUUAACAAAGUGACAGGCUUAUGGGGAGAAAUCUUGGAGCAGAAAUUCUGCCCAUUUGUAAGGUCUUUCUGGUUAUCAAGAGGAAGCCAUUCCAUCAGGCCUCUGAGGAAGCUGGAUCUGCUGUCUCCCCCAGCUGCUCUGCUGCUUGCUGAGUCUGGAGAAAUCAGUUUUAGGACCUCAGGUUUGAAGCAGGCUAUGAGACCAAGACCUCCUGGUACAAAAUAAAGCAACCCCUAUGCUGAGCAGCAGAGAUGCAGCAGGCCUCAGUUGACGGGAACAGUGAUAGAGCCACUAGGCAAGAACUUGUGAGUAUCCGACUGUAGGGUAAAGCUGUAGAUAUUUCAGACAGCGGGAAAUGAACUUUUCCUAAAACUUAAGGUCAUGUGGUAUUGGGAGGGAAAAAGGAUAGUGAAAUAGAAGUGGGUUCUAGCUUUAUCUUCAUGAACAACCUUGAGUGUGGCACUUAGUACCUUGAGCACUGAACAGAGGCUUGUACACUCAAGUAUGCACCCUGUUCCUAACUGGCUCUCUAGCCAUAAGGAUACUCAACUCUGCUUUUCUUAUAAGCACCCCCCUCCAAAAUCAAGGUUAUUUAAGAAUGUAGGUGUAUGCACCCUGUUCCUAACUGGCUCUCUAGCCAUAAGGAUACUCAACUCUGCUUUUCUUAUAAGCACCCCCCUCCAAAAUCAAGGUUAUUUAAGAAUGUAGGUCAAGUGAGUUGUUGCUUAAACUAUAUUAGUGUGGGAAUAUAGUUUUCUUCUCUUGCCCAAGUCCACUAUAGACUUCAAGGAAAUUCAGCUUCCUUGAAAAUGAUUCUGCCUUCAUGUAGGGAUACAGAUAAAAUCCAGAGAAUCAGCCAGAAAUGCUUUCAGGUGGGUUUGGACCACUUACAUCUCAUCCUAGGUUUGUAAACACCUCCGGUUACAGGGCAGUUUCUUCAGACUUGGAGAAACAUUUUCUCUGAAUAUCUGAGACAGCUUUAUUACCCGGCAGGCAGUUUGGGCAGAGGUCAUUUCAUCCUGGUCUUUCAUGGAACUUGCUUUUUCAUUUGGACAGCAACAGCUACACUGCUGUUGUCAUUAUUAUAAUACCUCAUCUUGAAGUCAUCAGCACUUCAGGUUUUCUUGUGAAACCUCCUUUAGGAAGGAAAAUGCUAACUCAGUUGAUAAAAAGUGUAGUUGUGCCUGGUCAUGUUAGGCAGGAACACCAAACGCUGCUCAGAACAGGCAUCUUGCUAAGGCUUCUCAGUUUUUGCCAUCCGUUCACUUUGUAAAUCUCAAGUAAAUUUCUUUUUGCUCUCACGAUUCAGAAAUGCUCAGCUUCAAAUGCAAGAAGCACAGUCAACUAUUUCUUCUUAAUGGGAACUUGCUCCCAGGAAGGUCCAGUGUGACUUGCAGCUGAUGUCAUAUUUACUGGUUUGUAACCACAAAUUUACUGUUUUCAAUUACCUGAGGACCCAUGGGUGUGUUUUCAAUCUCACUGGAGGCUUUUUCUAUCAGGCAGUUAGUGGUAGCUGCUUUGAAUUCUUGUAGAUGUGCCUCAGCUUCUUGGCAUAUUACAUAGAAACCCAACAGAUAAAAUACUUGAAACUUCACAGUGGCCAAGACCUCCAAUACCCUCUCUGAUGGGUGGGAACUGGGCUAUUUUCCUGACCAGUCUAGGCCACCAUUUUAGCCCCUUACUUCAAACUGAAAUUCAGUUUGGCUUUGAGUAUAGGCACAUGUGGUGGAUUCAUCUACUUCAGUGUUUGUUUUGACCAAAAGUUUAUUUUUCUAGUGCAUUUUUCUAAGUGGUGAAAAUAUGUAAUUUUAGUAUGCAUGACUGGGUCUCCAAUAAUAAAAACCCCUGUAAAGCUA